GCGGCGGCCACUCGCCUGCGCGCCUUCCCUGGACUGCGCUGCUAUGGCCCCAGCCCGCCUGCUCGCGCUGCUGCUGCUCCUCGUGGGCGCCCCGGCUGCCGCCGCAGAGUCGAUCCGAGAGACCGAGGUCAUCGACCCUCAAAACCUCUUAGAAGGCCGAUACUUUUCCGGAGCCCUACCAGACGACGAGGAUGUCGCGGGGCCCGAUCAGGAACCCGAUGACUUUGAGCUGUCUGGCUCUGGAGAUCUGGAUGACUCAGAGGACCCCGAGGUUUUCCCCAAAGUAAUCCAACCCUUGGUGCCCCUGCAUAACCACAUCCCUGAGAGGGCGGAACCUGGGAGCCGGGUCCCCACCGAACCCAAGGAACUAGAGGAGAAUGAGGUCAUCCCCAAGAGGCUUCCGCCAUCCCUCGAAGGCAACGAGGAUGUGUCCAACAGAGUGUCCAUGUCCAGCACUGCCCAGGCCGGCAACAUCUUUGAGAGAACAGAGGUCCUGGCAGCUCUGAUUGUGGGCGGCGUCGUGGGCAUCCUCUUUGCCGUUUUUUUGGUCCUGCUGCUGGUGUACCGCAUGAAGAAGAAGGACGAAGGCAGCUACGACCUGGGCAAGAAACCCAUCUACAAAAAAGCCCCCACCAACGAGUUCUAUGCCUGAAGCUUCCUCAGGGGCACUGGCUUGGACGUGAGGGGGGUGGGAAGCCGAAGGAUUUUGGAGGGUGAACAGUAAGGUAGGGGGAGGGCAACCUAAUACUGUCGGCAUCUCCAGCUCUGACUACGACUUAAGUGUCAGGAGAGACGUCAUCUUCUACUGUUCCUGCCUGCCGCUUCUUGAUCGUUCCAGCAGAAAAAUGAGGCUACACUUGGCCUUUCCGAA